AUGGCCGAUCCUGAUGCCUAUCGACGUCUCGUGGGACGUCUUGUCUAUGUCUCUGUUACUCGCCCUGAACUUAGCUACGAUGUUCACACUUUAGCUCAGUUUCUCAGUGAUCCCCAAGUUGCGAAUUGGGACGCUGCUAUUCGUGUGCUUCGUCUCAAAGGCAGUCCCGGACAGGGUUGUUCUCUUGUCUCUUGGAAGACCAAGAAGCAACCUACUGUUUCUUGCUCGUCUGUUGAGGCUGUGUAUCGUUCUAUGGUUGUGACUACUUGUGAGUUGAAAUGGUUGAAGUCAUUAUUAACUUCCCUUGGUGUUAGUCAUCCUUCUGCUAUGCGUCUGUUCUGUGAUAGUUAG